GUCACCGGGAGACCAGACGGGGACAACAUGGCGGAGCGGAGGAGGCACAGGAAGCGGAUCCAGGAGGUUGGCGAGCCAUUCAAGGAAGAAAAGGCUGUCGCGAAAUACCUGCGUUUCAAUUGUCCAACCAAAUCCACCAACAUGAUGGGUCAUAGAGUUGACUAUUUCAUUGCCUCGAAAGCUGUGGACUGCCUUUUGGAUUCUAAGUGGGCAAAAGCCAAGAAAGGAGAAGAGGCUCUGUUUACAACUCGAGAGUCUGUAGUUGACUAUUGUAACAGGCUUCUAAAGAAACAGUUUUUCCAUCGAGCCCUAAAAGUGAUGAAAAUGAAGCCAGACAAGGAUGUAAAGAAAGAAAAGGAAAAAGAGAAAGGGAAGACUGAAAGUGGCAAAGAAGAUGAAAAAAAGAGUAAAAAGGAUAGUGGAAAAGAAGAAAAAGCUAAGAAGGAAAAAGAGAAGGAAAAGAAAAAAGAUGGAGAAAAAGAUGAGGGCAAGAAGGAUGACAGCCCUGGCACACCUAAGAAGAAGGAAACAAAGAGAAAAUUUAAACUAGAACCUCAUGAAGAUCAAGUUUUUCUGGAUGGAAAUGAGGUAUAUGUGUGGAUCUAUGACCCAGUUCAUUUCAAAACAUUUGCCAUGGGACUUAUACUUGUGAUUGCUGUUAUAGCUGCAACUCUCUUCCCACUCUGGCCUGCAGAGAUGCGAGUAGGUGUUUAUUAUCUGAGUGUCGGUGCAGGCUGUUUUGUGGCUAGCAUUCUCCUGCUGGCUGUUGCCCGCUGCAUCCUCUUCCUUAUCAUCUGGCUAAUAACAGGCGGAAGGCAUCACUUCUGGUUCUUGCCAAAUCUGACAGCAGACGUCGGCUUCAUUGACUCCUUCAGGCCCCUGUACACACAUGAAUAUAAAGGACCAAAGGCCGACUCAAAGAAAGAUGAGAAGUCUGAAUCCAAAAAGCAACCAAAGUCUGACAGCGAGGAAAAAUCAGAUAGUGAGAAAAAGGAAGACGAGGAUGGUAAAGCAGAUCCCCUGGCAAGCUUUGGGUCAGAAGGUUCUGGCGGAGAGCGGCAAUCUGACACAGACAGUGAUAGGCGGGAGGAUGACCGAUCCCAGCACAGUAGUGGUAAUGGAAAUGAUUUUGAAAUGAUCACAAAAGAGGAACUUGACCAGCAGACGGAUGAAGGAGAUUGUGAAGAAGAUGACGAAGAGGAGGAGGAAGAACCUGGGCCUUUACAUGAACAAUCAUAAUUUAACUGUAGCAUGGGACUGAACAUUGUGCAAGCAGUUGGGUUUUCUAUGUUGGCUGGUACACCAUCUGAUAGCAUUCUUUCCUCUCUUUAUUUGUGGAAGUGCACAGUUUAGCCAAACAGCUUUAGGUCCUAGUUCCUUGUUUGUUUUACAGAUGAAAGAGAACCCCUUAACCUGGCAUAGUUUUAAGUAAUACACAUUUAUAAAAGCUAUCAACUUGUCAAUGAGUAGAUGUUCUGCUCUCUCUAGGGUAAGGCAUCAAACAUAUGAAGGAACAUAGUAAUAGUUGGGAAGACUGUGUAAUGCUUUCUGGAAGUAAAGGCUUUCCCCAGAGCAGUAAUUUAAAAGGGUAGUUGUUGAAUGACCAAAUAUCACAUUAUUCCUGGUAGGUCAAUUGAUUUCUACAUUCAGCAAAGCACUUUUCAUCUCAUUCUAUUGAUAUUAAUCUUCAUAAAACUGGUAAGACUUUUCUUAGAACUGUUUAUUGUUUUGUUUUCUGAAGACGUUCAAGUUAACACUGACUUGGCUGUAGGGUUUGAAGCUUCUUUUAACUGUGUGCGACCAACUUAGGAAAUCGAGACUGUUCUGUCAAUCUGGUUCAGAGCAAAGAAUUCUUCUCCAGCAGGUGGGGAAAAAAAAUAACAGCACCCUUUGGAGGUUACAGCUGUCGCCUUGACCUGCCCCAUCAUAAUCCAAGAAGUGUAUUCUGUACAUAACGUACAAAUAAAGCAAGCCCCUUAUUUUACCCGUUACUUAUUGUUUGGAGGUUUAUCCAGUUUUCGGUUGGUAUAAUGAAAAGCCGUUUCAGGACGUGUGCGCGUAGGUCUCGGGGAUCUGCCAGUCCUGAGGACCUGACAGAAUCCGUGCGAUUGGCAGCUGUGUCUGCAGCGGCUUCAGCUCUGUGCCAACAACAUUCCACGUAUUCAAACCCAAGUAAACUGAUUCUGAUUGAACAAAAGCAAGACCGCAUAGCUCAGUGUAUGCCUUAAUGAUGAUCUUUUAUUUUUUUUUCUUUCUGUCUUCAGAAAGUGGAGUACUGUAGUUGAAAAGUAGACACUGCCACAAGAGAGUAUCCACCUCUAUGGAAGGAUAGGCUGAACAAAAAAACAACAACAUUUUCUAAAAAAGCAGCAGCAGCAGCAAAGCUCGUAUAAAAUACGGCCAAGAGCAAACAACUUCUUGAAAUCUUAAAGGCGUUUGUUCACUUUCUGUCUUGCGCAUCCCUUAUUUGACUGACGGGAGACCAUUGUGUGUUUAGUUCUAUAAACAUUUUAAAAGUUAAGACUUAAUAUCAUUCCUCUGAAUCAUUAAAUUUCAGCCUAAAACUGAAAUGUUGAAUACCAAUUCAGUUCUUUCUUAGCAAAGUGACUGUGAGGAAAUAAUGCUGGUUAUUUGCUUGCAUUUUCAAUAGUUGACUUAACCGAUCUCUCCUUUUUUUUCCUUCCCUUGAACUGCUUUUUCCAUCACCAGUGUUUUGACUGAAGAUGUUAAUUUUUUCUGAUUGUGCAAAUAUUUACAUUUUAUGUGUGCAUUGAUAAAAACCAUUCACAAA